CCCCAAAUUCCAUAAUAUCCUUGAGUGAUGUUUCGUGAAGUAUUGAUCACAUGCUUGCUGGCUGUAAGCAUGAGCGUGCAUGGAGCUCUGGAAGCUCCUGAGCGCUCCUACGACAUCCUCAUGCUGCUGCCCUGCGCGUCCAAGAGCCAUCGCAAUGUCUUCAUGCCUCUCGCUACUGCCCUCACUCAGAGGGGACACAAGGUGACUAUGCUCAGUGCGCUUCCUCCUGCCGAUAACAAUCCUGACAUCACCUACGUCGAUCACGGCUUAAAACAUUUCGAUCAUUCGGAUGUCAACAUGUUUGAAGCCACUGAAAAUGAAAGCGAAAUGUUCAAGGAUUUCGAAAUAAUAUUUUCGGCCCUUGCGAAUGAGAUAUACGGAGUGCCAACGGUGUGGGAGCUCUACAAGAACAGACACAAGUUUGAUCUCAUCAUCAUCAAUCAUCUCUUUAGCGAGGUGAAUCAGCUUGUUGUUCCCACGUCCGUAUUCCACCCUCGACCGCUUCAGAAACUUUUUAUUUACCCUCGUUGGGACGUAUUUUUGGAGAGCUUCUAUUCUAUUCUAACAUUACUGAACACGCAUUUUUCCUUUGGACUGCCGGUGCCCCUGUUGCCUAACCAAGUCGAAGUAGGCGGCAUGCACCUCAGGCCAGCGAAACCCUUGCCACAGGAUCUUGACAGCUUCCUCUCAGGGACGACCCCUGUGGUGUACAUGAGUCUAGGGUCCAUCGCUCGCAGCAGUACCAUCCCGCCCGAUGCAAUGAACGUCAUCAUCUCCGUGUUCGCCAAACUUCCUUACAAGGUCAUAUGGAAAUAUGAAGAGGAACUCAGCGAUAUUGGGCCACACGUCUUCAUCAAGAAAUGGAUGCCUCAACAAGAUAUUCUCGCUCACCCGAACGUUAAGGUGUUUAUUUCGCACUGCGGUCUGCUCGGUUCUCAAGAGGCUAUUUACCACCAAACUCCCAUUCUCGGUCUGCCUGUGUUCGGAGAUCAGCCUCGCAACGCCAUGGCCUGGCAGAACGCUGGCAUUGCCAUUCACUUGCAGUGGAAGACGUUGACUGAAGAAUCUUUCAGAAAUGCAAUUGUGGAACUCAUAAGCAAUCCAAAGUACCAAGAAAACGUAAAGCGAAUGUCGGAAAAUUUCCGGGACCAGAUUUCUGAUCCGGUGGAGCGGGCGGUGUACUGGACGGAGUACGUGAUCCGGCACCAUGGAGCUCUACAUCUUCGGUCGCCUGCCAAAGAUCUCACGUGGACAGAAUUCUUAUUCAUCGAUCUGAUCAUUCUAUUGCACGUUAUCUUCGUAUUGCUAUUUUAUAUACUCAAGAAGGCUUUAAAAUUCUGUUUCCAAUCGAAAAACAAGACAUAUGAGAAGAGGAAAAAUAAACGUGAAUAAUUUAAGAUUAAUGACGCUCUCAAUUAGGGUGGUUUCCCUUUUUAAAAAUUUAACUUUCCUGCGUUCACACUUAGUAACAAUCUCCAUGUGAGGAGAUAAUCUAUUUCAUCCGGUGUAAUAAUGACAACGUUUCUCACCAUG